CAAAAAAAAAAUUGUUCUUCCCUUGGCCGACGGCACAGCGACCUAGAUCGACGUGGUCCGGUGGUGGAUCUCCGACAGGCCGUUUCUCCAACCAGCAUGCUGAUGUCGUUUGCCUCUUCUCCUUAUGUCCUUCUUGAAUUGGUGAAUACUGCUAGGUGAUCAUCAAGUUUGGGUUUCUCUUGGCUAGGUGAUCUUCAAGCAUAUAUAUGAAGUAGUAAGCGCGCGCCUAUAUGCAAACUAGAGCUGAGAAAUGGAAACCGUAAAAGUACUUCACAUGAACAAAGGAGUAGGGGAGACUAGCUAUGUCAUGAACUCUACUCUUCAGAGCAAGAUCAUAGAUGUGACAAAUCCAGCAACAAAGAAAGCUAUUGUGGAGAUUCUAUGCUCAAGUAGGCCAGUGAGGAUGGGCAUUGCAGACUUGGGUUGCUCCUCUGGACCCAAUACCUUGAGGGUCAUUUCAGAGAUAGUGGAUGUUGUUCAUGCCACCUCGCGUGUGUUAGAUUGCCCAGUGCCUGAGUUGGUAGUGCAUUUGAAUGACCUCUUCACCAAUGACUUCAACACUGUCUUUGAUUCAUUGCCAUCUUUCUACAAAACACAGAGGCAAGAAAAAGGAAAUGGGUUUGGGUCGACAUGCUUUGUUUCAGCUGUCCCAGGUAGUUUCUAUGGUAGGCUCUUCCCAAACAAAGGCCUCCACUUCGUGCACUCUUCUUCUAGUCUCCAUUGGCUCUCUCAGGCUCCUUUGGGUUUGAAGGAUGGUUGGGGAAGAGGACUGAACAAGGGAAAGAUCUACAUUUCAAAGAGUAGUCCCCAAUGUGUGUUAGAUGCUUAUUUACGUCAAUUCCAAAAUGACUUUUCACUGUUCUUAAAAUCACGUUCUCAAGAGGUGGUCGCAGGAGGACGCAUGGUGUUGUCUUUUAUGGGAAGGCAAUCCAUGGACCCAACCACGCUCCCUACCUAUUGGGAACUGUUAGCACAUGCCCUCAUGAGCAUGGUUUCAGAGGGUCUUGUGGAAGAGGAAAAAGUGAACUCUUUUGAUGUUCCUUACUACGCACCAUGCAUAGAAGAAUUGAAAUUGGAGAUUGAAAAGGAAGGUUCAUUCAUGGUGAUUAGCCAUGAAGCUUAUGAAAUUGACUGGGGUGCUGGAAUGGAAUUGCAAAGUGAUUCAACAUCAAGAGGGGAACUAGUUGCAAGGACCAUAAGGGCGGUGGCUGAAUCCAUUUUGGAAUUUCAUUUUGGGAGUCAUAUAAUAGAUGAGGUGUUUCGAAGAUAUGCCAAACUUGUGGAGGAACAGUUGUCCAUUCUCAAUUUGGUCAUUUCUCUUGUCAAGCGAGACUGAAACAAGCAAAAAGGAAACGACCAUUUUCUUCAAAUAACAUAUAUUUGGAGUUCGAAAUCUAAGAUAAUAAGGAAGUUGAUCCACAUGUAUUAUUUAGUUGUUGUAUUAAUAAAUGUGUGUGUUUUUAGACAAGUUAAAUGUGAAAUGAAAGCAUUUUUUUCUCAA